GGCCUUGAUAGACAUGCACCAUUUACCAAAUGCUAUAUUCGUUGGAGGUAAAAUCAAGUUUUCUAUAUAAUAAAUCUUUUGGCUCAAACCUGGAAAAGAAACGAUUAAAAAUCAGUGUAUUGGGAUUUUGUUAAAAAUCAUAAAUAAAUGUCCGGGAUAGCAGAAGAAGCCAAGACAAAGAAAUAAACCAGGUUCACCAGAGCACCGUUGUGACUUGUGACCUGUGACCAAACCAAACAAGACAACAUUCUCAAGAGUCAAGAGAGGAGCCCUUCCUAUGAUAUAUAUGGUGUUAUCUACACACCGCUCCUUUGAAACCACCCAAUCUUAAUUAUCAGCCUUUCUUCUUCUUCUUCUUCUUUCUCCAUAUUUGAAAUCAAAACAAACCUAAGAAAACCCAAAAAGGGAUGCCGACGCUGAACCUGUUCACGAAUGUUCCAGUUGAUGCAGUGAUAGUCUCUGACAUUCUCAAGGACGCCACCAAAGCCGUCGCCAAAAUCAUCGGCAAACCCGAGUCCUAUGUUAUGAUUUUGCUUAAUGGUAGCGUGCCCAUUGCAUUUGCGGGCACGGAGGAGCCGGCGGCCUACGGGGAGUUGAUCUCCAUUGGGGGCAUUGGACCAACUGUUAAUGGGAAGCUGAGUUCAACUAUUGCAGAGAUUCUCGAAACCAAGCUUUCCAUCGAUAGCUCCCGCUUCUACAUCAAGUUUUAUGACGUUCAGCGGCCAUUCUUUGGCUUUAACGGCUCAACGUUCUGAUUACGACCGUCUUCGGGGAUGUUUUGGAAUUUUGAAGACUGGCUUGCCGGUGGCUUUAUUCUUUUCCUUAGUAAUUCUCUCUAGAUGGAGCAAUUCUGUUAAGUGUACUCUUCUAUGUUAUAUAUUUAGCAGUUAUCUUUAUGAGAGAGUUCAUACGAGAAUUUAAACGUGUGUUAUCCUCGUUAUUUCCAUACAACUCAAUAAGAAAAAAAAUUCUAGAACCUCAAUAGCGGCUGUGGAUACCAGUAGAAAUAACACUAGGCAUGGUGACUGAAGAAAAACACUCCCAGCAACUCAUCCCUACCUAAGAUAUAAUGUGUCAUCUAUCACGCCGCUCUUGGAAUCUAGUCAAUCAACCCUAGUCUUAAACA